AUGGAGAACGUGAAGUCGGAUGGACAGAAAAGACCCUAUCGUUUCACCAGUGCGGAAGAUCGACGAAGAGUAAUUGAAUGUGCACGCAGACGUGAUGAGUUGAAAGAAGUUACAAAACACCUCGGCAUCAAGAUCAAAACAUGUCAUGCUAUUGCAGCCACGAAUCGGGAAGUAACACUAAACCCUGGGUCUUAUAAGACUAAAUUCAACGACGAGUUCACAAAACAUUUAUGUGAUGUUGUCGAUGAGAAGCCUAAAGCCACGUUGAGGCAGUUAAAGGAACGCAUGGGGACGGACUUCCCGAGUAUAUCUCUCAGCAAGACUUCCAUUGAUCGAUUGCUGGAUGGACAUCAAUUAACAAGCUGA